UCUUUUUAUGUUUUCUUUGGCUUCGGCGGUUCCUUCCUCCUCCUCCACCGCUGGCUUAGGAAGCAAGGAUCCGGAGCCCCUCCACGUACCGACAGCACUAUUGACCCCCCACCAGCAUGAACCUCGUUCCAGAUUUUCAAUCCCGGCGAGCACAAACUCAAGACUGAACUGAGACAGUGAACCAGGAUUUGCUCCAAUCCGAUCACAAGAUCUCCCAGAAAAAUCCCAUCCUUUUCUCGUAGUCAGAGGUGAGUGCGCCCCCUACCCAAUUCCUCUCUCUGUCGUUAGCUUAGCACGAAAUUGCUGAGAAGCACCCAUGAAGGAUUCGAGUCCGAGCACGGAGCCAAUCGGGCAAAACCUGAUAAGGCUCAUAGGAAACCUCUGCUUCUCUGUCUUCGUGUUCUCUGUGCUUAUUUUCACUGUGAUUGCCAUCACCUACCAACCCCCAGAUCCUUGGCUCGAAUCGGCCCCUGCCCUCACCAGACUCUUCACCCAGAGCGAGAACGCCACCUUCAAGAACGACAACUCCAUCCUCAAUACAGGCGAGGAUCUGCAGCUCUCUCCUGUGGGUGCCUCAGCGGCUUCCCCUGAUGCAGGGGCGAACCCCAUCACCGAGGCCGUGAUCGAGAAAGCCGAGGAGAGGAUCCUCGGUCCUUCCUCGAAAGCGAAUCUGGGUUGCCAUAAAAUGGCCGGAGGAGCUGUUAAUUGCUCCGACCCCCGUAUCUUGAUCGCGGUCGAGAGGUUCAAUUUGCGGACUUUUAAGUCCAUUGUGUUUUUGGAAUAUCAAGCUCCGGUUAGUGGGUCGAAGCCAGAUGAGUGCGAUGUAGCUUGGAGGUUCAGGAACAAGAAGGAGAAGUCUUGGAGGAAGUAUAGGGAUUUUAGGAGGUUUAAGAUGGAGAUUGGAGACAAUUGCGAGUAUAACGUGGGGCAUUCCGGUGGUUGGCAUUCGGGCAUCAAUGCCCGUAGACCAAGUAGAUUGAAUGCUGCGAGGGGCACCAAAGCAAAAGUUUUGACACCUGUUAGAGACGAUGAGAUUAACGAUACAAUUCCGAGCUUGGGAUCGGAUGCAAACUUUAGGAAGGGAAGAUACUUGUACUAUUCGCCUGGUGGGGAUUAUUGCAAGGAAAUGAAUCAUUAUUUGUGGAGUUUUCUGUGCGGAUUAGGAGAGGCUAUGUACUUAAACCGCACGUUUGUUCUGGAUUUGAACAUGUGCUUGGCUGCAACUUAUAAUCCUAGUAAAAAGGAUGAGGAGGGCAAGGAUUUUCGAUAUUAUUUUGAUUUCGAGCAUCUCAAGGAGGUGACAUCGAUUGUGGAGGAGGGCGAGUUCCUUAAGGAUUGGAAGAGAUGGAAUAAGAGCCGUAAGAAAAAGGUGCCUGUGAGAAAGGUGGUGACAUAUAAGGUUACCCCAAUGCAACUGAGGAAAGAUAAGAGUACAAUUAUAUGGAGACAGUUUGAUGCUCCAGAGCCAGAGAAUUACUGGUACAGGGUCUGUGAAGGGCAAGCUGCAAAAUACAUCCAGAGGCCUUGGCAUGCGCUCUGGAAAUCGAAGAGAUUGAUGAAUAUUGUCUCAGAGAUUAGUGGGCGAAUGGACUGGGAUUUCGAUGCCGUACAUGUGGUCCGGGGUGAAAAAGCGCAGAAUAAAGAGCUCUGGCCUCAUCUUGAUGCUGACACGUCUCCUGAUGCUCUUCUGCUGAAGCUUAAGGGAAUGAUUGCGCCUCGAAGAAAUCUUUACAUUGCAACCAACGAGCCUUUUUACAAUUACUUUGAUAAGCUGAGGUCUCGAUACACAGUACACUUGCUUGACGAUUACAGGGAAUUGUGGUCAAAUGCAAGCGAGUGGUAUAAUGAGACAAUGCUUCUAAACAAGGGAAGACCUGUAGAAUUUGAUGGUUACAUGAGGGCCGCAGUUGACACAGAGGUCCUCUAUAGAGCGAAGACACGUGUGGAGACAUUCUAUAACCUAACAAAAGAUUGCAAGGAUGGAGUUAAUACAUGCUGACCAGGUUGGAGAACACUCUUAUUGCUUCUUCUUUUUGUUGUUUCAUAUAUUUUGCUAUGCCUUAUGUCUCUCCAUUCUUUCUUUUGAGUGAGAAGGUUGAGUUCAUCUUAGCUCAUCUUACAUGUACCUGUUACUUCAUAUAGUUGCUGAAUGUCAAUACUGUAAACUUGCC